UUCUUUUAUACGUUGGCCUACGCUGUGAAGAGGAGACAAACUCUGUCCAGUGCAAUUGAGGAGCAUUAGGUUCGUCUUCAUCCAUCGGAUCCUCCUCGCUGUCAUCUUGCGUGCGCCAUGAGGUAUUCUCCGCACUCUGUAGCAAGUCCUUGCCUUGACAUUGCUGGCGAAUCAGAUCUUUGCCGAAAGCACUGUAUCGAUGAAAUGAGCCUGCUGGGACUUCGACCACUUCACUUGGACCGACCAGAUGAUGCGUCGCCCACAGUGGCGCACCGUCCACCAACAGGCCCUCGUCAUG